AGACGCCAUUGCACAUAGGAAAAGGAAAUGCAAAGUGAAAAUACGCGCAUGCCCAUUGGCGAAAUAACAGUAUUGAUUGACGAUAGAUCUGAUAGUUGAGGAAUAUUGUCAUAGAGUGAAAAAUACUACGUAAAAAUGGGGAAUGAAAACUCACUUCCAAUGGAGCUCUGCUCAAAUUUUGAUGCAGAUGAAAUCAAAAGACUGGGAAAGAGAUUUAAAAAGUUGGAUUUGGAUAACUCUGGCUCCUUAAGUGUAGAUGAGUUUAUGACUUUACCAGAACUUCAGCAAAAUCCAUUGGUGCAACGAGUCAUAGAUAUAUUUGAUACAGAUGGAAAUGGAGAAGUGGAUUUCAAAGAGUUCAUUGAAGGUGUAUCACAAUUUAGCGUCAGAGGAGACAAGCUCUCUAAACUGCGAUUUGCAUUCAAGAUCUAUGAUAUGGACAAAGAUGGCUAUAUAUCAAAUGGAGAGCUUUUCCAAGUAUUAAAAAUGAUGGUGGGGAAUAAUUUGAAGGAUACUCAGUUACAACAGAUAGUUGAUAAAACCAUCACACACGCUGACACCGACGGUGAUGGAAAAAUCUCUUUUGAGGAAUUUUGUGCUGUUGUUGGAAACAUGGAUGUUCAUAAAAAGAUGGUGGUGGACGUUUAACAUGGAUUUUUAUUUCAAUUUUUUAUUUAUGAAUCAAUUAUGUAAUUUAUUCCCAUGACAAUUGUUUCAAAUUGUUGAUUUAGAUGACUUUGUAUAUUUAAGUUUGUAUAUAUACUUAAAGCAUUUAUACUUAUCACAUUGAAAAAAAAUUCUCUACUCAAUUUGUAUUAAUUGAGAGUUUUUACUUGUAUACAGCUUGUUUAAUAUCAUUAGAUGAAAUGACUGUGUCAAUGAAAAAAUUAUCAUUUUAAGUAGUCUUUAAUUUUUUUAUGCCCUUUGUUAAUUGAUUUCAGUGUCAUGAAUUUUUAUAAUGUACCACAUGUUGUAAAAUGUUCUGUGAAUUUUUUUUUUCAAAUCUGAAAUUUGAAUGUUGAAAACAAAACUGUGAAAAAGAUGCACUUGUGACACCAUUACAUAACAUAAAAUAAGCAUAAAAUUUUCAGGUAGUUCCCCUUUUGAGUGAUAAUCGAGUUAACUCCCCUUUUGAGUGAUGAAGCUGUAACUGCAGAUAUUUUGAUGGAAAAUAAUUCUUGUAACACUAGUUUUCCCCCUUUAAGCACUUGCUUGUAGUACAUGUACAUGUAUAUACAUCUAGUCAACAUUCGAGAAUUUCUCUGGGGGGUUUGGGAAAAUUUAAUAAUCAUUUCUUUCAACUUACAUCAUUAAAAGGUAUGCAAAAUUAAUACACCCAUGUCACUUAACAUUAAAAUAGCUCUAGAAUCUCAGAAUUAGAUUUCAAACAAAGUGCAUCACCAUGAAGGAUGCAUGAUUAUUUAUUUUCUUUUUUUUAAAUCCCAAUUCUCCCAUGAGUACCGGUACUGUUUUUGAGGAAAAGCAAUGAUACAUGUACAUCUCAGUAUGUAAACGUAAACUAAUGGCAAAUGAAUUAUCAUGGAUACAGUUGAGAUCAUUUUUCUGCAAGCACUGCAUUAUUUGAUAAAAGUGUACAUUAUAAAUUUAUAUAUCUCAAUCUGAUACUUUAAGUGCAUGUCUGAUAAAAACCAUGCAAUUCUGUAAAAAAAUAUGUCCAGAAGUAAAAUUUUGAAAUUGACUUUGUGAUGUCUUUUCAAAUGGUUAAUGCCUAGAAGUAUUAUAUUUGGUAUCCAAAGUGCAAAUAAAUUGAAACAGAACUC